AUGACCCACAGUCAGGGUCUGCCAGAGAGCUUGAUUGAGAAGGAAUCCACCAAGUUUGCAAAGAUCGCUUGGGAUGCUCGAGAAGCUGUGUCAGCUUUGAACACGGAGACAUUGACUACACAGGGAAGUGCUCUGAGAUCUCUGCGAAUUAUGUACGUGGUUCCGGGCGAUGCGGUCUACAUCCCCUUUGGGACCAUGAUUUGUGAGAAGGAGCAGUGCCGUGACGAUGUGCUGAAGGUAGAUCCACCUUCUGAGGAACCACUUGUUGACAUCAACACUGCUGACAAGCCCCAACCCUGUGAAGCUGAUAUGAAGUCCAACGGUGAUGACAACACUGUCAAUGACAAUGAUGAUGAUAUCCAAGAUCUCAGCAAUCCACCGGCCAAUUUGCGUGACAUCCUGACAAAGAAUGACUUCGCCAAGGUACCGAUGGCCAUCAAGAAAUGUGAGAAUCACCCACGGUUCAAGGAAUAUUUGUCAUGGAUGACAGUGCACAUUAUCGAUGCAGACGGAGAAGAUUGGGCUUUUGGUAGUGACGAGUUGUCCGAUCCACUGGAGGAUGUGAUCCACUUCAUUGGCUGGCUGAACAACAGGUUGCCUGAACAACAACAGAAGGCGGUCAAACGUUCAAAGUGUGAUGAUGAUGCCGCUGAAGGUCGAGGACAAGGAAACAACAGUGGAUCUAGCGCAUCGUCAGGACCAAAGCACAUCAACUUUGACGACAUCCCUCAUGAUCUUGAAUCUGUUUUGAGAGCUGAUGAGGUGCAGGAAGUGGAAGCAUUGCGAAGCUACGACUUUGGAGCCGAGCUUGAGAGAAUCAAAGUUCAUCCCAAGUUCAAUGAAUUCUUGAAGUGGGGAGUGGACACCAAUGAGUUUGAGGACGGCUAUGAUAUCAGUGACCCCGAAUCAGAUCUCGUUGAGAACAUCCUCCAGUUCACCACAUGGCUUCAAUCUACCAGCAAGGACCAGGGCAGCAAAGCGGUCAAAGCGCCAGCUCCUGAUUCAUGUAUGGAAGAGACUAAAGAGACACACGAGGAAGCCCAGCAUCCAUCUCUACUACAAAAGGAAGAUGGUGACAUUGGUGAGCAUCCUUCGCAUGAGCCUGGGCAUAUCAAUGUUGGCAAUGCUACUGAUGAGGUGGUAACAUCAGAGCCUCAGCCAACAGCUCCAGUUUCGGAAGCCAAAUACCCUUCGAGUGACAGCAACAAUGACAAGGGGCAACAUGGGAACACAAAUGAGCAUGUCAAUGAGAAGGAGGCUGAGCAAGUGCGGGUUCCUGCACACACCGACGCCAUGAGUGUAGAUGCACCCGAGCCAAGUCCAGGGGUAUCAAUGCAGGUGGGCUCGGAUGGCAACUCUGGUGACCGUGAGCAACAGCCUGACCAG